AUGUCGACGCCCACAGAGAGGACGGCAGCGCCUGCUGUUUCAAAGCCGUUUGAUAUCGUCGCGACAUACAAUGAGCUCCUGCGCUCCGAUCCCGAUCUUACCAUGCCCAUUGCGGCCAUUGAAGCUUUAGUGCUACUUCUCACACACGAACCGUCAACCACAAUCUCCGAGACCCUUGAUCUGCUCGCCAAGUCCACAGAGCAUCUGAAAAAAGCUAUUGCCAACCCAAUCGGUCUCUCCGCCGGAACCGAUCUCUUCCAACGAUAUCUGAUCACAACAUUACAACGACCAGGCCAGCUGGGCCCUGCUGGAGACUUUAAGGCUAUCCGAACACACUUGCUGUCCAACGGACGACUUUUUAUUCGACGCGCAAAGGAAAGCCGACAGAAGAUUGCCGCAUUCGGCCGCGGAUUCAUCCGUGACGGCUGCACGGUACUCACAAAUGGUGGUUCUCGAGCUGUGGCAUCUUUACUGCAGCAGGUGGCUGAUGAGGAAGGUGGUCCCUCUGCUGUGCGCUUUAGUGUCAUCUAUGUCUUGUCUUCGAUUAGCAAGGUCGUUGAGGGACCUUCUGGGGAACCGGAGGGAAUGGAAAUAGUGCGCGCAUUGAGGGCGAAGGGUGUGCCGGUCGCUACUAUCCCGGAGUCCGCGGUGGCCUAUGCUCUUGGAAAGGCGGAUAUGGUUAUUGUCGGUGCGGAGGGCGUUGUGGAGAAUGGAGGUAUCGUGUCUCGCAUGGGCACCUACCAGAUUGGACUUCUCGCCAAGGCUAUCGGAAAGCCCUUCUACACGGUUGCUGAGAGCCACAAGUUUGUUCGACUGUACCCAUUGGGCCAGUAUGACCUCCCUAUUGACCAGCAUGUGGUGGAUUUCAAGACCGAGGAGGAUAUCGCGCAACAAAGUACACCGCAAUCCUCGGUCGAUCAAAAUGCAGACCGCCCCGUCGAGUUGCCUCUCGAGGACUCUGUCGACUUCACCCCUCCUCAUCUGAUUUCUGCCCUGAUUACCGACAGUGGUGUUUUGACGCCUAGUGCUGUCAGUGAGGAGUUGAUUAAGAUUUGGUUCUAG